UUAAGGAAAAAGCCGCUGAAGUUGAAAUGGCUUCCGACAUCCCUGGAUCAGUGACCUUGCCCGUGGCCCCCAUGGCGGCCACCGGACAGGUGAGGAUGACCGGGGCCAUGCCGGCCCGUGGAGGAAAGCGGCGUUCUGGGAUGGACUUUGACGACGAGGAUGGAGAAGGGCCCAGCAAAUUUUCAAGAGAGAACCACAGCGAGAUCGAGAGGCGGCGGCGGAACAAGAUGACGCAAUACAUCACGGAGCUGUCGGACAUGGUGCCCACGUGCAGCGCGCUGGCCCGCAAGCCGGACAAGCUCACCAUCCUCCGCAUGGCCGUGUCACACAUGAAGUCCAUGAGGGGCACCGGCAACAAGUCCACGGACGGCGCCUACAAGCCUUCCUUCCUGACGGAGCAGGAACUGAAGCACCUCAUCCUCGAAGCAGCCGAUGGAUUUCUGUUUGUAGUCGCGGCAGAGACAGGACGAGUGAUUUACGUGUCUGACUCCGUCACCCCCGUUCUGAACCAGCCCCAGUCAGAGUGGUUUGGGAGCACCUUGUAUGAACAGGUGCAUCCCGAUGACGUGGAGAAGCUGAGGGAGCAGCUGUGCACCUCAGAAAACUCGAUGACAGGCCGGAUCCUGGACCUGAAGACGGGGACGGUCAAGAAAGAGGGGCAGCAGUCUUCCAUGAGGAUGUGCAUGGGCUCACGGAGGUCCUUCAUCUGCAGGAUGAGGUGUGGAAACGCUCCUUUGGAUCACCUCCCUCUAAACAGAAUAACCACCAUGAGGAAAAGGUUCAGGAACGGCCUUGGUCCCGUGAAAGAAGGGGAGGCCCAGUAUGCUGUGGUCCACUGCACGGGGUACAUCAAGGCGUGGCCCCCGGCAGGAAUGACCAUCCCCGAGGAGGACGCUGAGGUGGGACAGGGCAGCAAGUACUGCCUCGUGGCAAUUGGAAGACUGCAGGUGACCAGCUCUCCCGUGUGUAUGGACAUGAGCGGGAUGUCGGUGCCCACGGAGUUCUUAUCCCGGCAUAACUCUGAUGGGAUCAUCACGUUCGUGGACCCGAGAUGCAUCAGCGUGAUCGGCUACCAGCCCCAGGAUCUUCUAGGAAAGGACAUUUUGGAAUUCUGCCACUCCGAGGAUCAGAGCCACCUGCGUGAGAGCUUUCAGCAGGUGGUAAAGCUGAAGGGCCAGGUGCUAUCAGUCAUGUAUCGGUUGCGCACCAAGAACCGCGAGUGGAUGCUGAUCCGCACCAGCAGCUUCACGUUCCAGAACCCCUACUCGGACGAGAUUGAGUACGUCAUCUGCACCAACACCAACGUCAAGCAGCUCCAGCAGCAGCAGGCCGAGCUGGAAGUGCACCAACGGGAUGGGCUGUCCUCCUACGACUUAUCACAGGUUCCCGUCCCCAACCUGCCGGCCGGCGUUCAUGAAGCCGGGAAGUCCGUGGAAAAGGCAGACACCAUCUUCUCCCAGGAAAGGGACCCCCGGUUCACCGAGAUGUUUGCGGGGAUCAGUGCAUCGGAGAAGAAGAUGAUGAGCUCAGCGUCUGCGGCAGGAACGCAGCAGAUCUACUCCCAGGGAAGCCCGUUCCCCCCCGGACACUCGGGGAAGGCCUUCAGCUCUUCAGUGGUCCACGUGCCCGGCGUGAAUGACAUCCAGUCGUCCUCGUCAACAGGCCAGAACAUGUCCCAAAUCUCCCGGCAGCUGAACCAGAGUCAGGUGGCCUGGACAGGGAGCCGGCCGCCCUUUCCCGGACAGCCAAUCCCCUCCCAGUCCAGCAAGACUCAGUCAUCUCCCUUUGGGAUUGGAACGAGCCACACCUACCCAGCAGACCCCUCUUCCUACAGCCCCCUCUCCAGCCCAGCUACCUCGUCGCCCAGCGGGAAUGCCUACUCCAGUCUCGCCAACAGGACUCCAGGGUUCGGUAGGUGGGGACCGAGGGAAAGAAUGCCCGGGAAGCCAGCAGAAACGCUUCCUGAGCAUGCUGAGUUGGAGGGCCUGAGCCCCGAGCUCCCAGAGCCCUGGGAGAAAGCCUAGAGGUUGCCCAGUGCCUCCAGGGCUGAGAGCCGGCUGCGCGCGUCUCGGCUUUGUGGGGUGACGUGUCAUUUUCAAGGCCCUAGAUGAUGUUCCUCAGAAUGCAGUUUUAACCCUUUAUGGCCCUUGGCAAGGACGUUCAGCUGCCCCACGUCUGAAACGCUAUAAUCUUGCUUCAAACGACCGGGUGGCCAAUUAUAGAAAUACAUCAUGUAAAUAGGAGACACUGUCAAGUUCUUUCUUCCUAAUAUUCCAGGAGGGACCCCAUCCCGUGUCAGAGCACCUGUCCCAGCUUUGUUAACAAAACCUCAGGCCAUAAAGGGUUAAGUGGCCACCCCUUCUGGUGCCCGUCCCAGGGGCCUUUGCUGGCUCCUUCUGUGUGGAUUUAAUGGGCCGGGGCUCCCCCUCCCAGAAGGAGGGUUUGCUGAGGGGCCGUGGCCCUUCCAGCGUCCUGAGCCCAUGUUCUCAGAGCGGGACCCCCUCGUGUGGCUCAUGGGGCGUCUCUCUGCAGGACGGAUGCUACUGCCCACAGCCUCCCCCCGCCCCCCCCAGCCUGGGGACACAGCACUUCCUGACCUCUCACCGGCCAUUCCCCAUGGAUACAGCGAAGCUCCCGUUCACUCCUAGCAGGUUCUCCUGUUUGGCCUUAAACUCUCUCUGUUUUACUGUCCCCGAGCGGGCGCUCAGCCGCGUGCUGCCCUGUUUCCCGAGGGACGGGCCCCCGGCCUCUUGCUUUCCAGCCUGCCAGGCACCCAACUCAGAAACCACCGGAAGCUGGAAGCCACUGGCUCCCAGGGGAGCCCUCGCCCCCUGCAGUCUCUGCCUUGGCUUCCUCAGCCCGUGGGGGAGAGGUCCCCCCGCCUCACCCUGAAGGCGGGCCUUUGCAGACGGGAAGCCUGCAGGUAUAGGCCCGGGCUCACAGAGGGGAGGAGACGGGGUCCCGGCCCAGAGGAGGUCACGGUGCAGCUGAGGCCAGAGAGACGCAGGGACACCGGGAAAGGGCAGGGGAGAGGCUCGGACACAGGGAGAGGUCAGGGGAGA